AUGGCUGCUACGGCGGAGGGGCUAGAGCCCGAGGCGGUGGCGGCAGCGGCGGCUGCUGCUGCUGGAGAAGACACUGCGGAAGAUGCCGGUGCGGUGCCAGGGGGAUCCCCUCUCCUGACUGGGAACCGCCUGAGCCUGGAUUUGAACCCUGGGGGCUGCGGCCAGCUGCUGCACCUCUGUGCCCAGCAGCCCUUACAGCUACUGCAGGUGGAGUUCCUGCGGCUGAGUACCCAUGAAAACCCCAGGCUGCUGGGGGCCACCCUGACCCAGGUGCCUGGAAGACUGCCCCAUCUCCGGUCCCUGGUGCUCAAAGGUGGGCAACGCCGGGACGCACUGGGGGCCUGCCUCCGGGGCUGCCUGACUUCACUGCCCGCUGGCCUGAACAGCCUGACCCGCCUGGCCCACCUGGACCUGAGUUUCAACAGCCUGGAGAUUCUGCCAGCUUGCAUCCCAAAGCUGCAUGGCCUAGAUGCGCUCCUGCUUUCUCACAACAACCUCUCAGAGCUGCCUGAGGCCCUGGGGGCUCUCCCUGCCCUCACCUUCCUCACUGUGACCCACAAUUGCUUGAAAACAUUGCCCAGGACUCUGGGGACCCUGUCCGCACUGCGGCGCCUCGAUCUCUCUGAGAACCUUCUGGACACGCUGCCUGCUGAGAUUGGAGAGCUGAGCAACCUUGCUGAGCUCAACCUGGCCUCCAACCGGCUGCAGAGCCUCCCAGCCUCCCUCACGGGGCUGCGGUCCCUUCGGCUCCUCCUCCUAUACAGCAACCUCCUGACCUCACUGCCCACCGGUCUCAUCCACCUUCCGCUGCUCGCCCGGCUCGACCUGAGGGGCAACCAGCUACGGGACGUGCCCCCCGAGUUCCUGGACGCCCCCUUCGUGCGGCUGCAGGGGAACCCCCUGGGUGAGGCCCCGCCAGAUCUCCUGAGCCCCCCAGGGCCACCGGAAGCUCCGGAGAUGCCCAGGCUCUUCUUGACCACAGAGUUGGACAGCUUCCUGGUGACUCCCCAAGGGUGCUCUGUGACCCUGGCCUGUGGCAUCCGCCUACACUUCCCUGCAGGGGCCACUGCCUCCCCCAUCACCAUCCAUUACCGACUGUGGCUGCCCGAGCCGAGCCUGGUGCCCCUGGGACCUCACGAUUCCCUCCUCAGCCGUGUCCUGGAGCUACAGCCUCACGGGGUGGCCUUCCGGCAGGCAGUGAGCCUCUGGCUACUCUUUGUGCCACCCCGGGCCCAGCGUUGCCGUGAGGUAGUGGUCAGGACCCUGGGUGAGGACAGCUGGAUGGACCUGGAGACCCGUGUGGAGGAGGAAAAGGAGCUUCCCAAGCGGCUCUGGGCUUGCUGCCAGGUGCCCCACUUCUCCUGGUUCCUCGUGGUCUCCAGGCCCGUGUCCAACACCUGCCUAGUGCCUCCAGAGGGGACGCUGCUCUGCUCCUCAGGACAUCCUGGGGUCAAGGUUACAUUCCCUCAGGGGGCCACCGAGGAGCCUCGCCGGGUCCGGAUGCAGGUCGUACGCAUGGCCAGCCGGGAGCUGCGGGCGUUGUUGGGGGAGUCGGAGACAGCUGUGAGCCCCUUGCUAUACCUUUGGCAGAGCAGCACCUCAGGCUUCCUUCAACCUGUCACUGUGCAGCUGCCUCUGCCCCCUGGCGUGACAGGACUGAGCCUGGACCGCUCCCGCCUGCACCUGCUUUACCGGGCCCCUCCGUCGGCCACCUGGGAUGACAUCACCACUCAAGUGGCCCUGGAGCUCACGCACCUGUACGCCCGCUUCCAAGUCACACACUUCUCCUGGUACUGGCUCUGGUACACCACCAAGACCUGCGUAGGGGGCCUGGCACGCAAAGCCUGGGAACGGCUGCGGCUGCACCGCGUCAACCUCAUAGCAUUGCAGAGACGCCGGGACCCCGAGCAGGUCCUGCUGCAGUGCCUGCCCCACAACAAGGUGGAUGCUGCCCUGAAGCGCCUGUUGGAACGGUACCGCGGCCCUGAGCCCUCAGACACCGUGGAGCUCUUUGAAGGCGAGAAGUUCUUUGCGGCCUUUGAGCGUGGCAUUGACGUGGACGCUGAGCGUCCUGACUGUGUGGAGGGCAGGGUCUGCUUCGUCUUCUACUCUCACUUGAAGAAUGUGAAGGAGGUGUAUGUGACCACAACCUUGGACCGGGAGACUCAGGCCGUGCGGGGCCAGGUAUCCUUCUAUCGGGGCGCAGUCCCCCCUGAAGUGCCCGAGGAAGCUGAGGCCGCCCGGCAGAAGAAGGGCUUGGAUGACCUGUGGAUGGCCACUCUACCCAUCAAGCUGCCCAGACUACGUGGGUCUGAGGGAUCGAGGCAGGGCCAGGGGCCAGGAGCCGGCCUCUCCCUCGCACCCCUGAACCUGGGCAAUGCUGAAAGCGGCUUCCUGACCCAGAGCAACCUGCUGAGUGUGGCUGGGCGCCUGGGCUCCGACUGGCCAGCCGUGGCCUUGAACCUGGGACUGCCCUACCAUGAGCUACAGCGGAUCCAGCUCAGGUUCCGGGAUGACCUGGACGGGCAGAUCCGCCAUAUGCUCUUCUCCUGGGCUGAGCGGCAGGCCCAGAGACCGGGCGCUGUGAGGCUCUUGGUGGAGGCCCUCGAGCGAAGUGACCGGCAGGACUUGGCUGACGAGGUGCGGACGGUCUUAGAGCUUGGCCGCCAGAAGUACCAGGCCAGCAUCCAGCGUACAGGCCUGGCCCCCGAGGAGCCCACCCCGCCCUGCCCUUCAACAUCAGGGUCCCCAGAGCCCACCCAAGCCUGA